GGNAGCCUGAGCGGGCCGCUGCCCGGCGGCGCUGCGGGCGCGGGUACCCGGGACGUGGGCGACGGCAGCAGCACGUCGAGCGCGGGCAGCGGCGGCAGCCCGGACCAUCACCACCACGUCCCGCCGCCGCUGCUGCCUCCCGGGCCGCCCAAGGCCCCCGACGGCAAGGCGGCGGUCGCCACGCGCCGGUCCCUGGACGACCUUUCGGCGCCGCCGCCGCACCACCGAAGCAUCCCCAACGGCCUGCACGAUCCCUCGUCCACCUACAUGCGGCAGCUGGAGACCAAGGUGAAGCUUCUGGAGGGUGACAAGCUCCUGGCGCAGCAGGCAGGCCCCGGGGAGUUCAGGACGCUGCGGAAAGGCUUCUCCCCGUACCACUCAGAGUCACAGCUCUCCAGCCUGCCGCCCUCCUACCAGGACUCCCUGCAGAAUGGCCCAGCCUGCCCGGCUCCCGAGCUGCCCUCGCCCCCGUCUGGAGGCUACAGCUCCACGGGGCAGAAGCCCGAGGCCGUGGUGCACGCGAUGAAGGUCCUGGAGGUGCAUGAAAACCUCGACCGGCCACUGCAGGACAGCUGUGAGGAGGAUCUGAGUGAGAAGGAGAAGGCCAUCGUCCGCGAGAUGUGCAACGUGGUCUGGAGGAAACUGGGAGAUGCCGCCAGCUCCAAGCCCUCCAUCCGGCAGCACCUCUCUGGGAACCAGUUCAAAGGGCCUUUGUAGGGCCGCUCCCCCGUGGACGUGGACUUGGCCCUUGUGCCGAGCCGCAGGCUCCUUUCUCCCUGGUGGACUGUACAUAGGACGCUGCCUGUCGCCGCCUAGCUGCAGGGGACGUGACCCCCUCCCGCCUCUCAGACACCAGCACACCGGGGAGUCGGCUCCCAAGCAGAGCGGCCUGGACAGCUUCCUUCCUGCCCCGGGGCCCGACGGUGGGCG